AUGUUUAAGUACGCGUUGGUCAUGUUUGUUCUCUUGCAAGCUUUUACAUCUCUUGUCUUUGCCAAUUACGGUUGCCAGGAUAAUUGGUUUGCGAAUAAAAGCACUGGCAGAGCCAAAGCAGAUCUAGGGGCGGUUAGCUUCGUCAAUUGCAAACCGGCCAGCGCCAACUAUCAGCCUCAACCUGAUCCAAACUACCCAGACGGUCGAACCGUUCACUCUAUCACAUAUUUCUUGGUCGAGGGUGGUGACAUGGUUGUUGACGCGCUAGAUGAGUUCAAUAACUUUGGAAAUUACCGCUGUCCAGUGGCUAGGAACCCAACGCGUCCAACUUGUGAUCCAGCCCAUUGUGAAUUUUAA